UAUACAUCCAUUUGUACCGGCAAUAUCAUUUUGUUAUUAAUUCUAAUGAAAUUUAAUAAAGUAAAUUGGUACUUUUACAUUGAAUUGAGAAUUAUCGACACAUCGUUGCAGCUUAUUUAAUGUUAUUAAAAAAAAUAUUCUACCAUAGAAUCGAAAGAAAUUACAAUGAACAAUGUAAUUUUCAUUUCGCCAGCCAUAUUGUUUCAAAAUCAGCAUAUGUAGAUGAAGUAUUUAUACUUUGUAUAAUUUCAAAUCAUGAGAGAGAUGUUAGCAAGUCAAACUAGUUCAGGAUACGGUAAUUCUUUCGUUAACAAUAAUGGAGAUACCAACAGCAACAGUACAAACGAUAAUAACGCGAGAAGAUAUGCUGUACUUAGUACAGAUUGGAUAUCUGCAAUUGGAGAAGAACUGGGAAUGUAUCCUUUACCAGACUCUUUGUUAAAAAGACUUGCAGAAGAUGCCUCAUAUCGACUCAGAGAAGUUCUACAUAAAUGUGUAACAAGAUUAAAACAUAGCAAACGGAAACGUUUAACAUCUACGGAUGUGAAUGCUGUGAUUACCAAUUUAUGUGAUGUUGAUCCAAUAUUAGGCGCAUCAGAAUCUAUGCCUGAAUACCACACAGAAGCAAAGGUCUUCGUUCCUAAUGAACGUAUUAUUAAUCUAGUACAAAAAAUUAAUGAUCCAGUUAAUAUAUUACAAAGUAGCGUACCAUUUAUUCUAGGUUUUAAUUAAUGAUUGUGCCACUAAUCCUCAUUUGAGUGGAGAGGGAGUAAUAGAUAAAUUAAUGUCUAUUGCUAGAUCUAUGAUAAUUUCGAAUAAUAUACAAUAUACCAGAGUAUCAACUCGAACAUGUCAACUUAUUAUUGCAAUUGCAAGCAACAGUGAGGCUGUUUAUCCAUACCAUUUAACUUCGGUUGAUAAACUCACUGAAUUGCUAUUGGAAUUACUUUUAGGACAGAAUUUCAUAAAUACAAAUCUUGAAGCACUCUUUAAGGAAUGUACACUAAAAUUAAUGCUUCGUUGGCCAUCUGUUGCUGACAGAUAUAUCUCCACAUUGGAGAAUAUGCUCUUAAAGGAAGAAAAAAUAGAUAUAAAUGGUAAUAAGAAAAGCAUAAUGGCUAUGGAGUUACUAGCUAGUAUUCAACCUUUAAUACUUUUCCAACAGAAGAUAGACUCUCCACUUUCUGUACAUAAUGUUUUAAAAUUUGCACUACCCGGUUCGAUUUUAUGGCAAAAAAUAGCUCUUAGUAUUUGUGCUCUUAUAAGGUCACAAGCUUAUGUCUUAGAUAUUGAACCUUUUAUAGAACAUUAUGGAGAUUCUUUAUUACCAUAUUUACCAUUUCAUUAUAAGAGCACAGUAAAUGUAUAUAAAAAACCGAUUUCUCUUCCUAUUACUAUCAAAAGUAAGAUAAAAUACGUUGAAGUUAAGUCUGUAAGAAAACAAACAGCAUUCACCGAUUCUACACUACGAGGUCCACGGCGAGAAAUAAGAUUUGCGUUCGCUGGUGGACGACCGGUACCUCCUAGUAAUUUAAGACGAAUUACUUUGAGAGCGAAUUAUCAAAUAUUAAGAAGCGAAGUAAAAGCUAAAUUUGCUUCAGUGGCAUCACGAAGGCUAUUAGUACUUAGAGAUAAAAGGAGACCUUAUGAUACUUAUAAUCUGGUAUAUAGUUAUUUAUAAAUUUGUAUAUUUGAAUAUGUUUGAUUACUUAAUUAAUAAUUUUAUGGAUGGUCUUUGAUAUAAACAAAAAUUAUUUUUUAAAAGGAUUUUAUUUUGUUUCAAAAUACAUAUAAACAUUGUAGUGUUUUCUCGUUAAAGCGAAAAAACAUUAUUUUGUAUUUGUAUAUAAAAUUUAAGAUUUGUUAUUUAUAACUUUACUUAUAGCAGUAUGUUUUUAUAACGUCUCCAGUAUAUUGUUAAAAGCUAUAAUAGGAUAUAUUUAUUAAAUUAACAAUAAAGACUGAAGCAAUGACUGAUCUCAGGAAAACUGAAUUCUCUAUUAAAGGCAGUCUUGUAAUCCUUGCGGUAAUACACUACGUGGCAAUACAUACGAUUUUGUCAUACAUGUAGUCCGAGUAUGCAUUCUUAUCGGUAUCUGAAAUAAAUAUUUUUAACAUUAGUAUUACUUUUUAAUAUUAUUUCAAUUUUAAAAUACAUACUGCAGCAAGCCAUCGUCGACUUAAAAUUCUAUUUCUAUAAAAAAGUAAUGAAGAAUCCAUUUCAAUGGCAACAAUUUUGUCCUAAAAAAAUUAAUUUUUUAUAUAUUAAAACAAUAUUUAGAUAUCAAAUAAAAAUACCAACUCUAUCUUCUUUUAUUGAUGCUUUUUACAGAAUUUAUAUUUACUUAAUAUUAUUUAAAUACUGUUCUAAUAAAUUGUCACUAUUAUUAUACUAUAAUUAAUAAAUACUAUAUUAUUAUAUAUGUAUAUAAGUCGUUACUAUGUUUGAGUUUUGAAAAAUAAUCAAAAUUAAUUGUUUUCAUAAAUUUUAUAGUAUUACUUUCAAAAUAACUUUUAAUUCGUAUAUCAUUGAGUUGGUAUUUAAGGUUUCUAAUUUUGUUUUGCCAGUUUUUAAAAAUAUGUACUUUUUCCAAAACUCCUAAUAUUUUCGUUAUUAAUAUUUUCGAGUUAUUCUCAUUUUCAUUCUUAUUUUCUGAAUAAAUUUUAUUCAGAUUCCCAUUUGCACCAACAUUUUCAUUAUCUUCUUCAUUUUUUAUUGCAAUAUUUGAAUAACUUAUUUCGUUAUUAUUUUGAGGGAUGAAACUAGCAAGAAAUAUAUCAUUCCCAUCGGAAGUAUUUGAUUUUGCCAAUUCUUGGUCAAGUGUAACUUCGACAAUUGUAUCAUCUUUGUUCGUGAAGUGUACCUUUUGUACUGCAGAGUUAAUCAAAUAUUUUGAAGUAGCCAAUUUUCUACGUUCUGCAAAUAAAAUUUUGUACAAAAAAUAAAAAAAAAAAAAUAGACGAAAUGUUAUACUUACUGUACCUUAUCCAGGAUGCUUUUAUUUUGUUAGCACAUCUUAUACGAUAAUUCCUUCUAUAAGAUUCCAAUUUAAGAAAAAUAAAUUCUGUUAAAAAUAUCAUUUGCUUCCCAAAAUGAACCUGUAUUUGUAGAUCUUUUUGAGAUGCAACUGACUCCAGAAUCAGUCUACAUUUGUCGAGAUCGAUCAUUUCUGUUAAAUAUUUUUAUUUUAUAUUUUUCUUUUAUAUCUCAAUAAACAAACAAAUAUCUGCACUACUUACUUGUAGGUUUUCUGAAAUAACGAUAAUAAAAGUCUUGAUAACACAAGCGAAAAGGAUAUUUACAUUUAGCUAAAGGUAGAGCAUCAAAAAUGCCAAUACAUGCUAAUUGUUUUUGAAAGUCUUUUCGGUCCCAUUCAUUGUUUAUCGAUCGACUAAAAAAAAUUAAUUAUUAAAUACAACGAUAGUAUAAAAAAAUAAUUGUAAAAAAAUAUAUAUUACUUUGGUUUAACACAUCGUACGUAAUGCAGAUCACAUUUGCUAAGUUCCUUAAUAAGUGUAUCCAUAUUAUAUUUUAAUUUAGCUAACAUAGUCUUUUUUGUAGUAGAUGCUUUUACGAUAUGUAAAUAUUGUUCCUCCCCAAAAUUUAUCAAGGAACGAAGAAAUUUAUUUUUACUUGCACUGAAAAUUAAAGAAAUUUCAUUUGGAACCUAUAAAAAGUUUUGAAAAUUAUUAAUAAUGUUCAUUCUAAAAUAUAUUUAACAUAAUAAUGUUAAUAUAAUAUAAUAAUGUUCAUUGUAAAAUAUAUUUAAUACCUUAUCUGUAUUUUUAGACAUUAAAUCGUCUAUGGAAUAUGCAACAGGCCUAG